UUGUUCUUGUAUACGCCCUUGACAUCUAUUUCUAUUAUACAUAGCACUUGCUAAACGAGAAAUGUUUGUUUUCGUUGUAAUUUUCGCGAAGUACGUUCUCAGUUAAAUGUAUAAUCUCAAAUGGCUUCUCCGCAAAGAUUGGCAGUUAAAUUGUGUAACGUAUCGCCUCGUGUGUUGCAAACCGUGGAAAGAAGACAAUUUUUGUGUCCAAUAACACCAGUCAAGGAUACUUGCAAACAAAAUACUAAAAAUAAGGAACAACUAUCCCCUUUUAAUAUCGAUACUCCGAACAGGAGGAAAAUAUUAAAAGAUGGUCUUCCAAAGAAACACGGCACAGUGCUUGGAAGCGGCGGAUUUGGUAUCGUAUAUAAAGCUUCUUAUAAAGGAGAUCAAGUGGCAGCUAAAGUAAUGGAAACGAAAAAAUGCAUCAGUGCAUUAAAUUCUGAGAAACAUGCCUCUUUCUUAAGGCAUUCCAACAUAGUAAAAAUCUUAAUGAUAGAGGAAGGUGCUUCGUUAUCUUUAAUAACAAUGGAAUUAUGUGGUACCACUUUGCAAGAUCAUCUGGACAAAGCAGCAUUAGUUAAAAACAAAAUAGUUCGCAUAUUACGGGAUAUAACCUGUGCAUUGCAAUUUUGUCACAAUGCAGGCAUAGUGCAUGCUGAUGUUAAACCUAAAAACAUUCUAAUGUCCGCGGAUGGCCAAGCAAAGCUUACCGAUUUCGGUAGUUCUGUACUAAUAGCGGAACCAAACGAGCCUUCUGAGUUUCAUGGUACACCAGGGUAUGUAGCUCCAGAAGUAUUAAAAGGGAACAAACCAACUCCUGCAGCAGACAUUUAUUCUUUAGGUAUCGUAGCCUGGCAAAUGAUAUCUAGAAAAUUACCAUUUGCUGGAUUACAUAGUCAUACGAUUAUCUACCUUUCCGCGAAAGGGAAUCGUCCGAGGGACGACGAUAUUAACGAUAACUUUAAUGGUAUUUAUAAAACAUUGUACAGAAAAAUGUGGUCACAAUAUGUUAUGGAUAGGCCCGCUACAAACGAAGUGAUCAGUAAUAUUGAUAGGUUGAUCGUACAAUAA